AUGAUGAUUGUCGGGAGAUCAAUCCAGGGUGUUGCCGGCGCGGGAAUAUUGCAGAUGGUUACGAUUACCAUCUCAGACUUGUUUAGCGUCAGACAUCGAAGCCUCUAUUUCGGGAUUCUGGAGUGCAUCUGGGCCAUCGCUGGUGCAGUGGGACCCUUGAUGGGCGGCGUGUUCACGGAGACAAUCUCCUGGCGCUGGGUAUACUGGAUCAACUUGCCUGUCAGCGGCACGGCCUUUGUCUUGCUGUUCUUUUUCUUGGAUGUACACAACCCACGCACCCCAUUCUGGGACGGAAUCAAAGCCGUGGAUUGGUUCGGCAGUCUAUCAAUCCUCGCAUUGACCCUAAUGCUGUUGUUGGGACUAAACUUUGGCGGCGUCGCAUUCUCCUGGAACUCGCCGCAGGUCAUCUGCCUAAUCAUCUUUGGGUGUCUAAUGUCCCUCGUCUUCAUCUACUGUGAAAAACGACUCGCCAAAUACCCACUCAUGCCCAUGAAUGUCUUCCGCAAAAAAUCAAACAUUGCCUGUUUCGUUGUCACCUUCUGCCAGAGCAUGGUCUACCUCGGCGGCGAGUAUUACUUGCCUCUCUACUUCCAAUCUGCCAAGGGUGCUUCACCCUUAAGGUCUGGUAUAUUGGUGCUCCCCAUCGUUCUAACGGAAGCAUUCACGAGUGCUUUCACGGGUGUUCUGAUUCAUCAGACCGGUCGGUUUUUGGAGGUCAUUAUCUUCGGCACUGUGCUUUGCGUGGUGGGUACGGGCAUGUACAUUGAUCUCAAAACAGAUACGUCGCUUGUCAAGAUUAUAUUGUAUCAGGUCGUGACUGGAUUGGGGACAGGAUGUCUAUUCUCCUCGCCUAUUAUCGCGUUGCAGGUUAAUGUCAGUCAGGCUGAUACGGCGAGCGCAACGGCCACGCUGGGUUUCAUACGAAACAUGGCUACGGCUGUGAGUAUUGUGUUGGGGGGAGUCAUAUUCCAGAAUAGUAUGAACUUGCAAAAGCCAACGCUGCGAGCAGCGGGGUUGUCUGCGAAUCAGACCGAAUUAUUUGCUGGCGAGAGUGCAUCGGCUAGCGUGUUCCUAUUGGACGCUGUCAUCUCAGACCCCGUGCAGAGGCGUGUGGUCAGGGAUGCCUGGUCGUGGAGUAUCCGCAACAUCUGGAUACUGUAUACCUGCGUCGCCGGCGUCGGCGUUGUGGCGAGUUUGUUUGUAAGGAAUGUGCAUUUGAGUCAGCACGAGGACCAUGUUGAGACCAAAACGGGGAUUGGCGAGAGGGCUACGCGGAGAAACAGUCACGAAGAAUAA